UGGGAACCUCUCUUUGUCCCUUCUCAGAGUAACGCAGUGUAAAUACAAGAGGAUUGGCUGUCCGUGGCAGGGUCCAUACCACGAGUUGACCGUGCAUGAGUCCGAGUGCUGUCAUCCCACCAAGACCGGGAACGAGCUCAUGGAGAUCCUGGAUGAGAUGGACCAAAGCCACAAGAAGGAGAUGCAGUUGUACAACAGCAUCUUUGGCCUGCUUAGCUUUGAGAAGAUCGGAUACACAGAAGUCCAGUUCCGACCUUACAGAACAGAUGACUUCAUCACCCGCCUGUACUACGAGACGCCGCGCUUCACCGUGCUCAACCAGACCUGGGUGCUGAAGGCCCGUGUCAACGACUCCGAGAGGAACCCCAAUUUGUCUUGCAAGCGAACCCUCUCCUUCCAGCUCAUCCUAAAAAGCAAGAUCAACUCCCCAAUGGAGUGCUCAUUCCUGCUGCUGAAGGGCCCCUACGAUGACGUGAAGAUCCACCCGGUGAUCUACCACUUUGUGUUCACCAAUGAGAAUAAUGAGACGGAGUACGUGCCGCUGCCCAUCAUAGACUCUGUGGAGUGUAACAAAUUGCUGGCCGCCAAGAACAUCAACUUGCGGCUCUUUAUAUUCCAGAUCCAGAAGUGAACCACCGUACUUACCUCAGCCUUGCCCCUGUCCAGACCCUCCGGGUCACACGUGUCCGCAGCUGGAGAGUCGGCGAGGAGUUUGUGUUACUUUUUAAUCAGUUUGCUUUUAAUUACUUUGUAGUUUGCAUGUGUCUGCUAGAGACGUCUCCUGCAUCAGUUCCGGUCCCCUAAUCUUUCUUUCUUCCCUCCAGCUUUUCUGUUUGUCACGGUUUCUAUCAGUAUUUUUCGGUUUGAAGUGUUAGCUCUCUGUUCUGCCCGUGCCGGGUGGUGGAGAGGGAAGGUCUGCCGUGAGCCGUCUCCAAAGGUGGCGGUCUCUUCGGUUCUUGUUUGAUGACCCGGAUCUUGUAAUGCUGACUUCAUCAUGGCCGUCAUGGGUAAUGGGCGAAUAGGCCUGGAUGAAAGGCCACCACUGAAGGGUGGAGGACGCCAGUCAUGUCACACACGCCAGUCAUCCAGGACUCCUCCCCAACACAGUGUAGUCUAGGGGAUUCUGCAUGACACUGAUUUUCCCAGUCUCCGCCCCCUUAUCUCACUCCACAGGCUAUGUUACAGCUAAGCUCCGCCCAUGAUCUUACUCCACAGGCUAUGUUACAGCUAAGCUCCGCCCAUUAUCUCACUCCACAGGCUGUUACAGCUAAGCCCCGCCCAUGGUAGGGAGCAUUUAUCAGAUGUCGGCUGGAAAUGAUGCUUCAUGGGACUAGCUCGUAAGAAUCGACCUAUACAUUCCCAGCCGGAUCCCUCUCUGCUGUCUUAACUCGAGGUGGGGGAGGUGUCCUCGUGCCAGACUAUCUGGUGACCGGCGGGCUCCUUUAAGGGGAUGCGUAUAGAGCGCAGUCUGCAGUGGGUGGAGAUGAGCGUUACUGUAGGUAACACGGGUUCAAGAUGGCGGAGAGAAUGUUACAGCUUGAGAUGGAGGUGGCUGGACAGCAGUUUAGUAGAUCUAAUGAUGGUGAUUUAACCCCUGCAGGGACAUAGCCUUCUAGACGUCCACGUGUCUGCACUUCCUGCCCAGGCUGUUGUGCGCCGCCAUGUUAUCUCUGUCUAUCAGUCUGUCAUCACGCUGCCUUGCUCCUGGAGCCUCAUUCUGUUAGUUUUAAUUAGUUGUGAGUAUAAAUGUCCCAGGGCUGGAUCGUGCCCCAGAUGGUGGGCAGAAGGUCUGGCCUCAGGGUCUCGGCCUCUGUAUGUUUUAUUUUAUUUUUGGCUGAUAAAUAAUAAAAAUGGUUCCUCAAACCAC